AUGGCAAGCUGCCGUAGUAAUGCCGAUUAUUCCAAAAUUCGAAGACGCAAGAACUACAAAUUCAAAGGUAUCAAGUGUUCUGAGCCUUUUAAAGCCUUAAAUUCACUACCACCCUUAACGCCUUCUCAGCACCUCACUCAGGAUGCGAUAUUCAAAGUCGUCGGGGAAGAAAUCAAACAAGUAAAGCUUGAUAUAGCAACUAUUAAUGAGAUAGUAUUAGAGGACAUCAGAACGGAAUCUUCGCAGACAGAUCAGAUCAAUCGCCAACUAAAGUCUUCCCUCAAGAAGAUUGAUCACAGUUAUUCCAGAACUUUAAAACUUCGGGAGAGAUACGAUCAUGAAAUCGAAGAACAAACAAACGCUUUGACUUCAAGAUUAGAGUUUGUUGAGACUUCACUUUUCUCUCUGAAAAACAAUACUUCACAGAUAAUUGAUUCCAUUUUACGCAUAGAUUCCGAAUUACCUACGAAAAACAGGUCCAUUAACGAACAGCUCUUUAAUCAAAAACACUAUCCUCUACUAUUUCAAUGCAUACACGACAAGUAUCCAAAAGUCAAAAAAAAUAAGAAUGCGCUGGUUACAUUGGACGCUACAGGGGAAGAAUUGGUUGAUAAUCCAUGCUUAGCAAAUACCAAAUUGAGCCCAUCACUUCAUUCUGGGAAUUCACCAGCUACAUUGGAUACAGCACAUGAGUCGAUUGAACCACCAGAGAGCCUCGACUCGAAAGAAGUCGAGGAGAUUGAAAGCUUAAUUUCUAACUAUAAUAUCGCCAAGCAAAGAAAGGUUCAUGUUCCUCCGAUUAUUUUGAUGCCAAAGUUUCAAAGAGUUUCGAAUCCUUCAGUUAGUACAAGUUUGGACCAAGUUGAGUUGAAAAGGCCCUUCUCUGCUAAAAAAGAUGGUAAUUGA